UUAGAGAUCCAAGUCAUUUAAUUGUGCAUUGCUGAUAUUUUCGUGAGAAUAUAAAAAAUCACCUCCAAGUUGGCAGCCCUGUUGCAAUGCCGUUCAAAGUGCACUUAAUUUUCGUAUUACUUUUCGGCCAAAAACUCUCGAAAGAUGCCGCUCAAAGGCAUCAAGGUACUAGAAUUCGUGGGCUUAGCUCCAGGACCAUUUUGUGGCAAGAUCCUAACCGAUUUUGGGGCCACAGUCACCCGCAUCGAUAAGGUGAUAGAAAACCAUUUGGAUGUACUGCAGCAGGGAAAACGUACGCUAAGCCUGGAUCUGAAGAACCCAAAAGGCCAGCAAGUGGUGCGAAGGCUGGUCAAGAAGUGCGAUGUGCUCAUCGAACCCUUUCGACCGGGAGUAAUGGAGAAGCUGAAUCUCGGUCCCGCCGACUUGUGCACAGCCAAUCCCCGCCUGAUUUAUGCCCGCCUCACGGGUUUUGGGCAGCAUGGAAGACUGGCGCCACGGGCGGGACACGAUAUCAACUACGCGGCUUUAUCGGGAGUACUCUCCAUGCUGGGCAGGCGCCAUGAAAAGGUCACUGCACCCAUUAAUCUUCUGGCCGACUUCGCCGGGGGCAGUGUGAUGUGUGCUCUGGGAAUUUGCCUUGCCCUCUUGGAGCGCCACAACUCGGGAAGAGGUCAAGUGGUGGAUGCCUCGAUGGUCGAGGGAGCUGCGUAUGUGGCCAGUUGGCUGUUUAUGUCCCGGAAUCUGGGCAUUUGGGGGAGAGAUCGGGGCGACAACCUCAUCGAUGGCGGAUCGUACUUUUAUGAUACCUACGAAACCAAAGACGGUCGCUACAUGUCCGUGGGCGCCCUGGAACCGCAGUUCUUUGAGCUGCUAAAGCAGCACUUGCAACUGCCCGAAGAUGUCAGCCAGUUUGGCGAAGCUCAUCAGGAUCGGGGAAGGAAACUUCUGACUGAGGCUUUCCUUUCCAAGACCCAAGCUGAAUGGUCGCAAAUAUUUGAGGAUGUGGAUGCCUGUGUCUACCCCGUUCUGGACUACCGCGAGGUUCAUAGACACGAUCACAAUAAGGAGAGGAAAUCGUUCGAGCUGGCUGAGGACAUAGCGGCGCCACGUCCCGCUCCACUCCUAAGCAGAACUCCAGGAAAGUUGCCCAAGGCUCCACCUGAUGGUGCUGAAGUGGAGUGGAUAGACGAAUUAGAUCUUAAGCGCCACGAAUUAAAAGACUUGGUGGACUCGGGGGUACUUACCCUUCCGAAGCGGGCCAAGCUGUAGGACCUACCCGCUCGGAUGCCCAUAAAUGCCCAAUAAAACACCUUCCUGUUGCUCUUGCA